GCCGGGGAGCCGCGAUGGUGCGCUCCGGCCAGCUGUGCGCCGCCGAGUGAGGCGCCAGCCCGUGGGUGCUGCCGGGGGCGGCGGCGCGGAGGUGGGGCACAUCUGGGGUCGGCGCGGCCCUCGGUGCUCCGCUCGUGGCCGGGGGCGAAGGUGACGACCGCUCGCGAGGUGCUGGUGCUGUUGAGCAGCUCCGGGCCCGAUUCCCUAGUCCCGGCGCUUGGCGGCCCUGCUAUCGACCCUGGGUCGGCGCAGGCAGGAGCCUGGGGAGAAAUUGGCGGUGGCGCGACUGCCGGCGACGGCCGGCUGGAUGCAAGACCUGCGUGGACCGGGCGGUGGACAGCGGUUGUCGACUCCAAGGAGUGGAUCGCCCAGCAGAGGAGCUCGACCGCGCUGGCCAUGGCCUCCAACUUUAACGACAUAGUCAAGCAGGGCUACGUGAAAAUCCGCAGCAGGAAGCUAGGGAUUUUCAGACGAUGCUGGUUGGUUUUUAAGAAGGCUUCUAGCAAGGGACCUAGAAGGCUAGAAAAAUUUCCAGAUGAAAAGGCAGCUUAUUUCAGAAACUUUCACAAGGUAACUGAACUGCACAACAUCAAAAAUAUAACCAGACUGCCUCGAGAGACAAAGAAGCAUGCAGUGGCAAUUAUCUUUCAUGACGAAACGUCAAAGACAUUUGCUUGUGAGUCAGAGCUGGAGGCUGAGGAGUGGUGCAAACACCUUUGCAUGGAAUGCCUGGGGACAAGGCUGAAUGACAUCAGCCUAGGGGAGCCUGACCUACUGGCAGCUGGGGUGCAGCGGGAACAGAACGAACGAUUCAAUGUCUAUCUUAUGCCUACACCCAACCUGGAUAUUUAUGGUGAAUGCACAAUGCAGAUUACUCAUGAGAAUAUCUAUCUCUGGGAUAUCCACAAUGCCAAGGUCAAGUUGGUGAUGUGGCCUCUUAGCUCACUAAGAAGAUAUGGUCGGGAUUCAACGUGGUUCACCUUUGAGUCAGGAAGGAUGUGUGACACAGGAGAAGGACUAUUCACUUUUCAAACAAGGGAAGGAGAAAUGAUCUAUCAGAAGGUCCACUCUGCAACACUGGCCAUAGCUGAGCAACAUGAAAGAUUAAUGCUAGAAAUGGAGCAGAAGGCCCGGCUUCAGACGAGCUUGACUGAACCAAUGACGUUAUCGAAAUCCAUCUCUCUUCCACGUAGUGCAUACUGGCAUCACAUUACGCGUCAGAACAGCGUUGGAGAAAUCUACAGCUUGCAAGGUCAUGGGUUUGGCUCAUCAAAGAUGUCCAGGGCACAGACAUUUCCCAGUUAUGCUCCAGAACAGAGCGAAGAGGCUCAGCCACCAUUGUCACGGUCCAGCAGCUAUGGAUUCAGCUAUAGCUCCAGCCUCAUUCAAUGACACACAGAGGCCAUCAGUGACCAGCAAAACAGUCUGCCCUGGACCUGCCAUGGGGUCAUUUCGCCCCGUGCCUCCUGGAAGAUCAAUUGCAGUACAAAUUAACACUGGUAGGGCCUAGUCCCAACUGGAAGGUUAAAAACUGGAGUUCUGCUUCCUUGAUUCAGUGGUUAAGUCCUUUAUUUAUUGAAUUUCUAUGGGGGAAAUCUAUGUUUUACAAAAAAAAAAAAAAAGAAUCCAAUAAUAUGAACACUCAUUUAAGUAAGAAAAAUUCUUUGUGUCUGACAGUAACAGAAGCCUUGGCACUGGGAAAUUUGCCGACUCUAGUUUGUGCCUGGGUGGGAGUCACCGACAUUUGUCCUUAAUGCUGUGUGCUUCUGUUUGGACACAGGGCCUGUCUUUAAACAUAAUGAUGACCCACCAUAAGCUCUGUGGCUUUGUCAGUUUUGACAGAAACAAAUCAAGUAAGCUCUACACAUGGCAUCUUAACUCUCCAUGUAAAGAAGCUCGGUGACAAUUAAGGGGAUGUGAAAUUAGAAUAUUCCAUUAAGAAGGGCCCGGUAGCUCGAGUGUGUGUGUGUGUGUGUGUGUGUGUGUGUGUGUGUGUGUGUGUGUGUGUGAUAUUGCUAUAUCCAUCUACAGAUUAGGAUAUAUCAAAUGUUCUGAGAGUGACAGGAUAUGCUCACUUAAAUUAUUGGAAACUAAUUUGUUGCGUUAAAAUUUUGUUGACUAGAUACUUUUAAAAUAGUGCUGUUAGAAAAUGAAAAUGGCUUCCUACUAGCAAUUGAAUCACACUAGCCCACUCUGAUCCUAUGAGCGUUAUGAGCAGAAACCCAAGAGUGAAGCCUUUUGGAAAUAAGGAUACCAGCCCGCUGCCCUGCAUGUUCGUUGUGCUGUCUGUCUGGUUGGUGUUGCCUUGUCAUUGACUGUUUCUCUCCAUGGCUAUCCAUCUGAGCAACUUGAGAAAUUGCUGUAAUCUCCAACUCCAGUGAGAGAUGCCAAAAUGUUUGAUAAAGACACAAAGCUACACUUAAAGUGAACUCAGCUAUCUUACAGCUAAGAGAAGAACAAAUGAUACUCAAAAGUAGACGUUAGUGUUUUAAAUUGCACAGAUGAAUUCUUGCAAGGGUCAUUAGGGGGUUGGCAUUUGCUAUGGAAUCCGAAUUUGCUUGGCUUAAAUUUUUUGUACUGAACUUGAUUGGGAUGACAAGAGAGUGUUUCACUUGAAAAUUUUUCAGCUCUAGAAUACGACAAAUUUCUCAGUUUGAAGGGAAAUGGGAAAUUCUACUUGAAAAGGAAAAGUUUGGCUAAUUCAGGUCAACAUAGACAUGUUUGCCCAUAAUUUAGGGAGUGAAAAUAUAAAUUACUCUGCUUGACUCACCUGGUGUCAUGUGCCUAAACUAGAUUAUCUGUCAAGGAAUCCAGAUCAGGUUUCAAGAACCAAGGUCAAACAAGAAGAAAAUCUGACUUUUUCCUUGAUAGCAAAAUGUUCUAUGUUCAUUUAGGAGCUAUGUUCUACUAAAAGGGUAGCCUUUCACUGAUCCCCAUUAAGAUUUCACUCAUCCUUAUCCAUAGCUUGUGAGCAGAUUGACAACUUCUUUCAGUGAAUGACUACAGAGGAAAAGUGGUUAUGCAUCCCUCCUUGAUAAGAACUUACUGUAACUACCCACUCUCCCCAAAUCACUCAAAUAGGUAUGAAAAAUCUCAUAAAGAUACUAAUCAUAAGAGUUAAUGUGGCUGUGAAAAAUAAUUAUCAUAAGCCUUCAGGGAUAAAAAGAAAAUUACCCAAACUAUGCCCUGUUGAUUUUGCUGACACAGCAGAAGAGCAAAUGACUGGGUCCUUCUGAGGAGAGAGAAUGCAGUCUUCCCUGGAAUCCCACUUUUCAGGGUUAAUGCCUCUGAGUUUCUUUAACACAUGGCAUCUGCUGUAGAAAUGCCAUUAGUAAAUACAUCAGAGCAACUCUGAGCUGAGACUGUUCUAGCACAGUUCCUAGUGUGGCCAUCAGAGCAAGCCUCUCCCUGGCUCACUGAGUCGAGCUGUUGCUUGGAGACCACAAGUUUCUACAAGGGACUUAUGGGGAAAGGCCCUGAGGGGGUCUUGAUUCACAUCUCAGCUUUAUCAAUGUGCCAGAAGCACAGAUAGCAAGUCCGGUGGGAUUCUGCUAAUUAUGAGUCUGCUCUUGUGUCUCUUUGGUGGGCAACAAGUACCCACAUAAAGUAACUUCAACAUUUGGUUCUGAUCAUUAACAAUGAGUAUCACUGAGAAGGAACUGAAAACCAUGCAUAAGUUUAGGCCAAUUUUUUUCUGAAAACAAAGUCACAAAAAGUGUGAGAGAUGUACCUCCUUAGUCUUUAACCCAAUCUCACCAUAGUGAGAAUAAUAUUGUAAAAAUACUUCAUGAUACAUUUUUAGGAGCUUUAUUCUAGCAUACUCCUCUGAGUAUAUUUAAAAAUUUUAGCUAAGUUGAAACUGCUAAGAAAGCAGCAAGAGAAUUUAUAGUAGCCUAAUAUUCUUAACAUGAGGCAGUGUUAAUUGUAAUAAAAGAGACAAACAGAUGAACCUAUAAAAACCAAAGAUGGAAAGAUAUUUGCAGCUGUCUCCUGGAGCCUCAUAAAACCAUUCUACCAUAAUUACUAGAAUGGCUGUGGGCAUGUGUUAGCCCACCCAAGCCUGUAGGUUCUUGACUGAAAAUGCCUCUACACUUUGCAAUUGUUCUCACUUCAGAAGUUGUAUUAUACCUUAAAUAUACAUGUGACUUUCUCGUGAGAUAGAGCCUGCUAUGCACCAAAGACAUCUUUUGGCCCCUUCUGAGUAUGACUCAAUUGGGCUUCCACUCAGAUUUAUACAGAGUGGUAAGAUGGUUACCAUAUCUCUAUCAGUUGUUAGACACCAGUGAUGAAGAAGGCUGACAUGCAUGAGAAAGUCUCUUCAAGAAGUAAACCAAGCUUGGUUUUUCUACCCUAGUGUUUUUCUUCUAUUAUAAGUAUGACUUGUAACACAUACCAAUACAUUAAAUAUGCAGAAAAGCAUAAAUGACCUUGGUCCACUGAUUUACUAUUCUGCUGGCGUGGGGGUUGAUACAAAAACACACCUUUCAUUAAGUGAUUGAACAAAAAAUAGGCACUCAGAUAAUUUUCUUAGACAAGUUGGAAAUAGUUUUGAAUCAAUAGCGUUUGGCCACUGCCAUAAUUUGAAUUUAAUAAAAUAUAAAACAGAUAUCUAGAGUGAGCCUUUUGCUGGUUCAGAAUCACACCAUUGUUUCAUAUAUUAGGGAAGAUGCUGUUUGAUAGAGCAUGUGAAAUGAAGAGAAGCAUAUUUAUUAGAACUAAACCUUUCCUUGUUCUAGUAUCUAGACUACUAGUUCCAGUGUGCAGUUCUUCUGAUUUCACUGGGAAACUUUGUUUGAAAAUCAUUCAUCCUCCUUAUAAAAUGACCAACUAUUCACAUCUCUCAUCUAACAUACAAGCAGUGGGGUAAUCAGUAUCUUCACACUAUUAGCUGUAGACUUUACAAUCCAAUUUAUUGCAUGUGGUAUCCUUAAAAUGGAUAUUAAAUAUACAUCACAAAGAUUGAUGUUUAACCCUCAUUCUUUGGUCAAGGUCUCACAAAACUUUGUUUUGAAGAAAGCAUGAGUAGUUAACUUUUUUGAUUACUGGAACCACUUACAAAAUAACCAUUAAUGCUACAGUGAAAACAAGCUAAAGAAAUUACAUUAUUAUAAAAAAUUGUAGUCCAGUCUUGACUAUUCUAAUACACCACUAUAAAUGAGCAAUAUACAUUCAGAGGUCCUGAGGUUUAGGCCUUUAAUUCUUCAUAUUUCACAAAGUACAAAUAUAAUGUUAAUGACUGCUUCAAAUCUAUUUACCUAUCUACCAAAAUAGUGCAAUGACAACUUGCUUUUACAAUUAUUAGUUAUACAAUCUUUGGACUACCAGUGUCCCAAAAAUAGACCCAAAAAGUAUCAUUUGAGUAUGUACUCAUAGUUUUAAAGUAAGUGAUAUGCUACAUAAAAAUUGUCAAGCCUAGGAAAUUUAUGGGUAUUCAUAGUUUAUGAAAUUUAUGGAAAUUACCAAUAGAAGAAAUAGAGUCAAAGAGAAAUGAUCAGUCAGUAGGACAAUUUGAGCAAAAUGAUAAAGAAUUCAUUGGUACAACCAGCAAAAUACUUGGACCUUACUUUUCCAAGAUUCUGAUCCCGUUCUGUGUGGCAGAUUCUGCCUUCUUUACUGGUAUUCAGCUAGUAAUUUGUUCAAGUUAAAACUAUUCAGUCAUAUUAUAUAUUGACAUAAGCAUAGAACACAAAUUACCAACAAAUGUGCUGCUUUCAUUUUGUGAAAAAAAUUAACACAAAAGAAGGUAUGUAUGCUGCAGUUUUAGUAAUGUAGGAAUUGCUUUCUGUAGGCAAUCUCCUUGGAAUUUCACCAUAAAGUCGUGUUAUCAAUGAGAAUGGUUAGUUGCUCAGUAUGUGAAGAGAAACAGAUAUCCCCAUAUCUACAUAUUUUGUAAAUGGAUUAGAAAGAUUCAUUUUGUGUGUAGAUCUACCACAAGUCCAUACUUUCUUACUCAAGAAUGUGAACCUCGAAACAUUUCUACAGUUAUUCUCAGAGAAGGUUUAAAUAGUUUAACAAGUUUUGUGCAAAAAUCUUGAGAAUCCCGGCACAUUUUUUUGAAAUAGGCUUAAGCCCUAGCAGCAAUUUAAAGGUCAUACAGAGUGAAGGGUUCAUUUCAUGUUACCCUGGAAGAAAACUGAAAUGUGUGGGUGUUGUAAUUUGUUCAAAGACAAUAAACAACUGGAGGUGCUUUCCUCCUGUUUCAGACCCCAUGAAUGUUCCCUAGUUCCACCUGUCUCUCAGCAGAAUGUGGUGGGAACUGGGUAACAGCACAUGGUCUCAGAAUACUUAAGCCCUUGUACCUUGAAAUGCUCGCCUUUCCUUUUUUACCUGUUUUUCUUCCUCUUGGACUCAUCACCAAUGAUACCCAGAAAACUUCUUUUUGGGCAACUCAUGCCAUUGAUUGCCAUACACCUUUUCAUUUAUACAUUGUCAUCCAAUACUUUAUUACCUCAAAUAAUAUGCAAACUAAAAGUUAAGGAGAUUUUUGUUGUUGUUGCUUGCUUGCUUUUUGUCAUUAUUGUUUUUCUCCACUAACAACUCUAUGGCAACUGUCAGUAUUAGUCUAGGGGUCUUCAUCCCUCCACAUGACAUUGUGGUUCCAUGGUCAGUGUUUGUCACAAUUGGAUUAGAUAGCUGAUGACAUUAGGGCCACAUUCUCUCAUGGAAACCUCACAGUCUCCAUUCUCAAAAAAAUUAAGAGAAUAGAUUUUUUUAAUAUUUAAAUGCCAUAUCCAUCAUGUUUUUUUCUUAUGAACUUAAGUAGGCAAUUAUUUAAAUUUGAAAUUUAGAUGAAUAAGAAAAAGUUAAAAAUCACCUUUACUUGCAUUUUCAGAGACUUUCCCCAAGGUUAAUGUAGUAUGAUCUUGUAAAUAUUUGUAAAGGAAAAAAUUGUAAAAGAAAUAUCCCCUGUAGUAAUUUCAUAUGCACAAUAAGUUUUAAUUUUAAGUUAUUUGAUUUUCUCUGACAACAUCACUAAUCUGAAGUCCUCAUGCUGGUUAUCAGAAAAAUAAUUUAUUUAAAAAAUGUUAUCACUUUUCGGAAUCAAUUUUAAUAGUUAAUACAAAUAACUUAAAAGUGUAUCACUCUCAGGAUAAUUUUAGACUGAGCACAUAAAAUCAACCCUCUUUGUAGACAGAACUGUGUAUCCGUGGAGUAAGCUACCAAGCUGGUCAGGAGUGGUAUGGUGUUUGAAACUCAAUCACUGAAGUCACUCAAGGUAUCGAUAGUUUCAAAAGAAUCAAGUAUUUGAAUUUUAUAACCACAAAUUCCAAGAAAAAAAGAUGAUUUAAUUUUAAGCCACUGCAUGAUCUCUCUCAAAAGAAUCCUCCUGAGUGGCUCAUACUUAUUAAGGAUCACUGGCAAUAUGACACAUUAACAGAUGAUGACAAAGUACAGAAGACAGUGAUACUAUCACCUUCAUGUCACACAUAAAUCAGAACCGAACAUGAUUAUUAUGAGCUAGAAUCCAAACCCAUGAAUCUAUUGUGUGGCUCAAGAAACAAUGCUUCAUAUGGACAAAAAGUAUAUCUAUAGAGAGGUGUAUUAAUGUCUAGAUGAGGGGAGUGGAACUCUACACUGGAGAUGAGCUGUACAACAUAGUUUGCUUUUCUCCUUUCUUAGACACUGUUAUUUUAGCUGUAAGAGGCAGUACAUGAACCACACCAGCAAAUCCGUCUGCUGAAGGCCAGCCAAUGUCAUCUUCCUGCAGGUGACAAGAGACAAUGGCUCCCUUGUCCAUUCCCAUGGGCCCCAAACAACACACACACUCAUAUCCACAGAUACACUCUUUCACCUUUGACUUUUGACCCACUCUGUUUUCAGUGAAGUUGGCACUUGCCUUUUUAAAAUAUCAUUUGUUGUAAAAUAGUUAUCCCAGUGAUCUCAAAAAUAUACUAAAUUAUACAUUAUAUGUCUGCUUCCUGUAAAUUUUUAUUUAACUAAUUUAUAUAUACUUUCUGAAGACUUCUACUGUGCAUUUGUUGUUAUAAAGGGAUAGCAUUUGUUGUUGAUAAAAUUAACAAGACAUUUAUCCAUGACUAAGAAAUAAAACACCCACUACAAAUUUGCUUCACUUGGAAAACACGACCUACCACAUCUUAUUCUUAGUUACAAUCUAUUCCAAAUAAAUAGUCUAGGGAUAUCUGGACUUAAAUACUAGUUGAAACUCAACUUUUCAAUGAAAUGUAAAGUAAAACACCUGUAUAUGGAGAGUAAAUAUGAAUUUCUGACUGAGCAUAAAAUAUUAUAAGGCAAUAAUAAAAUUAAGAAAUUCAGUUUUUAAAUUAGUGUUUGUGACUUUUGCCCUUCAGUAAAAAUACGUAGUUGAAGAAUUUGCUUUUCCUAAAUUUAUCAUUUUGUACAUAUUUCAAUCCUUAAGAGAUUAUUGAGUUCUUAUAAUUCCUAGGAUUUCAAAGAGGCAUUGCUGCAAAGAAGGUAACAUAGUUGUAAAACGUUAAAAUUUGCUUCAUCACUUUAAAAUGGGUAAAACAUCUGAAAUAUUAUUCUUCACCACAACUCUGCAUGAAUGAAAUUUUGAACUAAUGCAAUGGCUUUAUCCAUAAUAUUUGACUUUUCUAGCACUGUAAUAGUGAUCUCCUUUUAUUUUUGUCAUGUGAUGAAUGUAACUUUGUAAUUAACCAGAAUUCUGACAAUCAUAUCUUGCUAACCUCUAAAAUGUUAACUGCUUUCAUCACUUAUGAACUUGUGAUUUUCAAAAUAAAGUGAAAGAGAGCCCUUUAUUAAUUGUAAGGUUACUGAGAAUUUAUUAUAUAUUUCCAGUAUUUUCCUAACCUUAUAUUACAAUAGUUAGAAUUCUAUUGGGUUGAAUAUGCUUUGAAGAAAUCGUGAAACAUUAGUAUUAAUGAUAUCAUUACAAUCAACGCAUUUAUUAUCUGUUUUUGAGUGAAAAGACACCCAGAAAGCAUAAGUGACUUACACAAAUGUGAUGUAAUUAGAUUUUGGGUUUUCUUCUAUCUUUCUACUCACUCAUUGAGGGUAAUGAAAAUUAAUUAAAAUGAAUAUUUGGCAGCAAGAUUGGACAUCAAAAUUGAAAUUCACAUGAUGUUAACUGUCCUGCAGUGAUGUGAUUCAUGAUUUCCUUUUUUAAUUUUCUUCUCAGAAUACAGCAGUUUGUGUCAUUUGAAUGUCCCUCUAUCAAGACAGAUGUUUGCUGAGCCUAUUUCUCAAACUUGGUGGUUAGAUAUGAACUGAGCCUUUCUGGUUAGUUGCUUAAUAUUUCCCCUUCUAAAAAAUGCAUGCCCCUAAAGAAAUUCUAAAGUUUCUCAAUUCUGGAGAAACCAAAUUAGAUUGUAGAUCUUUAUCACACAGUCAAGUAGUGUUAAGUUCCCUUGAUUGGGAAGUAUAGCCACACAACUUGUAAAAAAAAAAAAACAAACAGAAAAAAAAAAACAAUAAAAAAUGUCUAGGGCCCUUUGAUGCUACACAGUUUAGAAAAAAAAUGCUUAAGAGUGGAAUGAAAAUGAAAAUACCCAUUCUUUCUAAAUAGUGAAUAAAAUACAAUUUAUUCUGAAUACCAAUUUUUGUGCCAUUUUCAUAGGAAAUUAAUGAUGUGAAUUUGGUGGGGUUUCUUUCCCUUUUGUCACAAUUAAGAUCAUGGGGACUAUUUAUUUUUUCUGGGGAAAGUAUCUUUAUGAAGAAUGUAAUGGUUUAUAUAAGCUUAGAGCUGACAUCAAAGACAAUAUUUAAUGAAUACUUGCCACAGGGCACAGCCCUGAAGCAAUUCCUCUGCUAUUUUUGUAACAUACAAACAAACCAGCUUUGUCUGUUUCCAAGUUACUCAAAAAAAUAUGUUAGAUAAAUUGAUCUAAUUUUGGUAUCCAUAUGGUGACUUAUUAAAAUAAAUGUUUGAGCAAGAACUGGCUAGAAUAUCUAACAUUUAUGAAAAUGUGAAUUGUCCUAUUAUUUAGGCAUUUUAGAAUAUCCGGCUACUGAUUUAUGCUGAGUAUGAUCUCAAAGUCCAGUCAAUCACUAAAUGCUUACUGAGUUCUUGCUACCUCCAAAAUACAAAUAAAGGACAUGCAAUAUCUUCUGA